AUGGCAGAUCCGGCACAACUAGCAGAUAUUAUUGGCGCUGACGGCUUCACCAUUGUCCUGGUCCGUGUCACAUCGGAUGGAGCAGGUCAACAGCCACAACUCUGCGAAGUGCUUGCAACGGGUAGUGUGAAAGAUUUUGGUGAAGGGGAGGUUGAAACAUACGCGCAAUGGAGCAAGAAUCGGAGCGGCAGUGAAUGGGAAUCUCAG